GGCGCCUUAUCAGAGACUGAAUACUAACAAACAUCAAUGUCUGGGUACGAGCCAAAGGACUAAACUGUGCUGCACAGCGGGAGGAGGAGGAGGAGGAGGAGGAGGAGGGGAAGUGGGACGCUCCUGUAUAAAGUCAAAGGGCUGCACAUGUGGGGCCACACUGACAGACACAGACAGAGACUCCACACUGACGCCUGUGCGCUCCUCCUGCGUCAAUCUCAGAGGACACCUUACGAGGGAGUGAUACACUGGAUGAUUAAUUUCACACUUUUGGAGGAUUACUAAUUUUCUUCACACUAUUUUGAUUAAGAAGAGUCUGGGAAUGGAUAUGCACGUUUUUAUUUCCGUGUUAUCAGUGAUGUACUCCUGGUUUCUUUGCACAGGUAAUUUCCAUUUUCCACGAGAAUAAAACGACUUUUUUAGCUUUUAAAGAAUGUGCAUGAACACUUAGUCUAUGCAAGCAAUAUAAGUAACUUUUGCACAACUUAUUUACUCAAUUUAAAAGUUAGAAGAUCUGCGCAAAAACUGCAGUUGUGCGUAAAAGUGACGCUCAGGUAAACGGCUUUUACGCAUGUGUUUUAAUCACUUUGAUUCAAUUACAGUUUUAUCAGCACCGACUGGAGAGACACCCACUGACUCCACCACCACCCAGGGGCGCCAUGUGCGGACCAAGCGCUGCUCCUGCGCCACUUUCCUGGAUAAGGAGUGCGUCUACUUCUGCCACCUGGACAUCAUAUGGGUCAACACACCUGAGUAAGCCACCAUUAGCAUGAAACGUACUGUAAAAUCAGCUGUAAUCUCAUAUGAGACACUCUGAGGUCUAUCAGUUGUUUGAUUGACUCCUCGUCGUUUCAGGCGCGUGGUCUCCUACGGAUUGGGCAGCGCUCCCAGGACUAAGCGCGCGUUCGCGGACUCCAUGGCAACCACCAGCAAACCUCGCUGCAAGUGUGUGAGAGCAAACGACCCGACAUGCAGCGACUUCUGCCAGACGGAAAAACAACCAAGGUGUGUACUUAAGAUUUCAUCUCAUCUGUGAAAACAUCUCGAGUACAAGCAACAACAACAAAAUCGAUCAUAUUUACCGUAAAGAGGCACUAAAUCGCCCGAGUCUAUCAUUUUUGUGAUUGUUUCCAUGACAUGUGAGGACACGUUUAAAUGGUCCUGAAUGUGUCGAAACUGUGGUGUGAAUAAUUGAAACGUGAGCCCGCUCUCACCGUGUGUUUGUCUGUGCGCCUUUCGCUCACAGGUAUGGGACGCAGCCAGGAACGGUGAUCCGCUCCGCCGAGGGCGAUGGUUGCGCCGAGACGCAGUGCAAACACAAGCUGGCAGCCGACACGAGCGGGAUUAGAAGGUAAGACAAACCGUAGGAGGCUGAAUAACCGAGAGUCUAUUUGCAAACUAAGUGUACACGGCAAUUAUAUCCUCACGCAACACUGAGCUCUUUUGUGGAGCGGAAUAUCUCAGGGAACAUGUUAUUCUCCUGAGUUAAAGUGGGUGAGCCUGAGAGAUAAAAACACUCAGCACGUGUCUGAGAGGAAAGAAUUUAGAGAUUAACCCCCAAGCAAGGAAUUCCCUAAAAAUGAUGAUGACUGAGCACAUUAUAAAUCCAUAUAAGUGUUAGAUAAGACUGUGAGGAAUUUACUUCCAAUUUGCUGCAUCACUUUCACCACUUAUCUGUGAGAGUUAUGCUGCUAAUAGAGAUCCAUCUGCACAUGUACCAUCAUGUUUCAAACUCAGAGUCUGUGGCGCCAAAUGUCUGACAUAUUAAUAAUAGAAAAACACAAACUUCUGCAUGAUUCUUGGCGUAUUUCGCAGUAUAAAUAUGGGUGACUGACAGCUCAAGAUCCACCCAGAUACAGGUUUACUUUUUACAUGAUUUGAGAUAUUGGAGGUGCAGAUGUCUGACUGCUUUUUCUGUUUUUGGUCUACAGUAUAAAGAGCAGCAGCAAGAAACUCGUGUCCCCUGCAGCCAUCAGGGACGCCCUGAAAAUCCGCCUGAGGGUGAGGAGACAGAACCACAGGAUGAGAACACAGUGGGGCGUGAGUGGGGCCUCCUAAAGAUGACGGAUAACCUCUGCAGGUUGUCAUACAGAGGGAGAAAGAGUUGUAUAACCACGGGCCUUUCUCUGGAGACGCUCUCCAUGUUGGCGUGGUGGCUGCUGGGUCAGAAAGUGUCCGCAGCAGAGCAGAGCGGGGAACAGAGAGUGUGUUCACACCUGGACUUCAGAAGAUUGAGGUCAAAGACAACACAGGGCGUCCGCAGGUGAAGGGAUAUAAGCUGAGAGCGGACAGAGGACUGAGAGGAGACUUGGCCCCCCUGUCUGCAAAAUUCAAGGACAGUGACGGAUCCUGGAAGAGUCAGGGUCAGACUCUGCUCCUCUUUUGGACUGCACCAAACAGCAUUUCAAAGAACUUGACUUUAAAGGAAGGAUUCAGGACAAAUGCCUCCGUUACAGAUCAUAAAAAUCACUGCUAUGUGUGGGUGAAGGCAGUAGGGCUUGUUUUAUUUAAUAAACUCACUAUUCUAAUGUAAAGUUAAACCGACAUAAAGAGUUUAAGUGCCUUAUAUGACAGCUUCUCACUGACUGAAACUACUUUAUGGAUUUUACUCAACAGGCGGUCUCCUGUUCAUCAUUGUAGCUUUGCAGUAAAAUCACUGCUGGGAGUCUUACAUGUGGAUGUUUUUAAAGAUUUAUUUUCAUUCAUAAUAAUUUAAAUUUCCAUUUAAUAAGUAAUCUAUAUUGUUAUUAUUUAUUCUUUUUGUAAUACAGCGGCCAUAUUGGUCUGUCACAUGUCGUUUCUAUGAAAUGUUUCAUCGCCAAAGUGCCAAAAUUUGGCGCAUUUGAAUAAAUGUUACUCUUAUUUAAAACAACUGA